ACGCUGCAAACGCAGCAAGAAACAGUCUGUCUGCUCUCCUCACUCAGCUCGCACUCUGUGGAUGGUUGAGAUCAUGAAGCUGCUCUUAGCAUUUGUGUGCGCUCUGCUUGCAGCUGCCCCGCUAUGCCUGGAGGCUGCAGUCAGUGGUGCCUCUGAUGUGCUGGAGAAGGUAUCUGGACCUGAGAGCUGCUCCCAGGUGAAGCUGAAGCCUGCUGGACAGUGCGGAGAUGAAGAAGAAUGCCCCUACCAGAUCACCCUGCCUCCUCUGACCAUCCAGCUGCCCAAGCAGUUCCGGCUGCUGGAGAAGACCAUGAAAGAGCUCCAGAGCCUGAAGGAGACUGUGAGGCAGCUGAGGAGUGCCUGCAUGGAAUGCAGUCAGCAAGCUGACCAGAGCUUACCGAAGCACAGCACUGUGGCUCGGUUGAAGGAGGAUCAGAGCAGAGGUGACGGCGGCACGAGAGCACCCAAGAACAGCAGCACCAGUAAUGAUGUAAUUCAGGAGAUACAGACGAAGAUGAACCGUAUGUCCAUCAGCCUGAAGAACGCACGUGGGCAGAUCACCGUCCUGCAGGGACGGCUGGACCUGCUGGAUGGCCUCAACCUGAAGAAUGUGGAGGAAGUAGUGGACAGCAGGGUGUCCAACAUCACGGGAGUGAUUGACAAACUCAGUAGCUCCUGCUCAACACAGUGCGCUGCCAUGGGUUCUCCACAACACAUCAUUGCACCCAGAGACUGCUCAGACUACAGCAUUAUGAAGCACAGGAAGAAUGGUGUCUACAAGGUGAUCCCUGAUCCCAGGAAUGGCACCUUUGAGGUGUUUUGUGACAUGGAGUCAUACGGUGGAGGAUGGACUGUCAUACAGCACCGAAUGAACGGCAGUGUGAACUUCAACCGCACCUGGGCUGACUACAAGAAGGGCUUUGGGAACGUAGAUGGGGAGUUCUGGCUUGGCAAUGACCGGAUCCACCUGCUCACCAAAGCCAAAGACAUGGUGCUACGCGUCGAGCUUCAGGAUUUCGAGGGCGUGCGCGAAUACGCAAAGUACGACCAGUUCUAUGUAGCCAACGAAUUCCUCAAUUACCGCCUGUCUUUGAGUGGCUAUUCCGGGACGGCUGGGGAUGCCAUGCACUUCGGCAAGCAUUUCAACCAUGACCAGAAGUUCUUCACCACCCGGGACAAGGACAAUGACAUGUACCCAUCUGGAAACUGUGGCGCUUAUUAUGGAUCAGGCUGGUGGUUUGAUGCUUGCAUGUCAGCCAACCUUAACGGCAAAUACUACAACAAAAAGUACAAAGGGAAGAGAGACGGCAUCUUCUGGAGCACAUGGCACAACAUGACCACCGAGUACUAUCUCACCAACUACAGGCAAGCAUUCAAAACGGUCACGAUGAUGAUCAGACCAAAGAACUAUGCACCCUAAACCAACAAGAGCACUGAUACAGAAAGAGACAGUCUGAGAAAUUGACACUGGUUUUCCAAACAUUUAAGCACCUUAUGUGUGGGGGUUCACCAGGACUUCAAAAAACAUAACACAUACAGAAACAAACUAUCUUGAUGUGAAGCAAAUAAAUGCCUUGCAUAUAAAGCACAUCAAAUAUGAAAUCCAGAUAUAAUGUUAAUGUCAUGACUUCCUUAUUCUCAGCAUAUCUGUCUAAUACUGCCAUCUAAUGUUGCAUCAAUUCAUUACAACACCAAGCCUUGAGAAGUAAGAAUGGUUUAAACCCGAGGGAGAAAUGUAUAGUAUUUAUUUUUGGAUGUUCAAUAUCUGCACAUGUGUAAUAUAAAAAGAAUACAAUUCUAUGUCUGAAAAUGUUUUACAUCUAGCAGUGUAUUUCUGUAUGUGUGUGUGUGUGUGUGUGCAAAAUAUUUUUAUUUUAUCAGAAAUGAAUGAUUCCAGUAUAAAUACUGAAAACGUUUAUACUUCCACAUUAACAAGACUAACAGGAGCAUUUCUUUCACAUUUUGAUUUCAUAUGUAUUUUUAACCUGGUUUUAUGACUAUUCAUAAACAAUUCAAAUAAAGGUUUAUAAGACCUUUAAUAA